CCACAAAAGCCCGGCGCAGGAGCCCGGAAGACCGCAGGAUUAACUCACCAACAUCAACGCGGUCAACAUCAACAAACGGCACGACAUUGGUAGUACCGGGCAGCUCUCUGCACCUGAAGAUUCACUGCCCUGCCAUAAAAAUAAAGAAACAGCUUCCCGGGACGACACCAACCAAAACCCGCGCCCACCAUGAAGCCAACCAACGGCACCACCCCACCCUACCGCGGCCCCGACCCGGCCGACCCGGCACACCCGGAGCUCCGGCACCGACAACACCAACACCACCACCAACCCACCAAACAGCAGCAACAACCCCCCUCCACCCCACCAACCCUCGAAACCAAGCUCACGCAAACCCUCACGCACCUCCUCCCCUGGGACGCCCUCCCGCCCUGGCGGCGCGACAACCCCUCCAUCCUGCACGGCUACCGGCACACGUCCAACUCCCUGCUCCUCUCCCUGCGCAGCCUGGGCUACCUGCACAACGAGAGCGUCAACAUCUGGACCCACCUCCUCGGCGCGGCGGCAGCGGCCUGCGCAGCGGCCGCAGGCGCGUACGCAUACCUGGGUGCGUUGUUGGGGCCGCGCUACGCGACGGCGAGUGGGGCGGAUGCGGUGGUGUGGGGGUGUUUUUUGGGCGGCGCGGUGGGUUGUCUGGGGAUGAGCGCGACGUAUCAUUUGUUGUGUAACCAUAGUGAGGAGGUGGCGAGGUGGGGGAAUAAGUUGGAUUAUACGGGGAUUGUGUUUCUGAUUGUGGGGAGUUUUGUGCCGGCGCUGUGGUAUGGGUUCUUUUGUCGGGCGGCGUUGUUGACGGGGUAUUUGGGCGCGAUUGUGCUGCUCGGCGUGGGGUGCUUGGUGGUGUCGUGGUUCGAGCACUUCCGCACGCCGGCGUGGCGGCCGUAUAGGGCGCUGAUGUUUGUUGGACUGGGGUCGUCGGGUGUUGUGCCGGUCUUGCAUGCCCUCAAGAUCUACGGGUACAAACAGCUUGACGAGAGGAUGGGGCUCAGUUGGAUCCUUCUCGAGGGCGGCCUGUACAUCUUUGGUGCCUUCCUGUACGGGGUUCGUUUCCCGGAGUGCAAGUACCCCGGCGCCUUUGACAUAUGGGGAAGCUCACACCAGAUCUUCCACGUUUGUGUUUUACUGGCGGCCGCCUCACACGUGUACGGCAUGAGCAAAGCGUUUGACCACCACCACAGCGUUCUCGGGUCACAGUGUUGAAUGGCUAGCAAACAAUACCGGUUUAUAGAGGAAUAGACGUACAAGACUUCCUACGCUGACCCGGAGGUCGUGUUCGAUGCCUGCAA